AUGGGUUGGUUCGACAACGAUUCCGAUGAGUCUCAGCACUACGACAACUACCAACAGUACUCCCAGAACCCCGAGGAGCACAAGGCCAAGUUCUCCCAUGAGCUGAUCGGUGGUGCCGCCGCCUUCGAGGCCAUGAAGGCCUACGAGGACCACGAGGCCCGCAACGGCCAGGUUGACGACCACCGCAAGGCCAAGGAGAUCGCCGCCGGUCUUGCUGGUGCCUUCAUUGACCGUGAGUUCGAGACCAAGGGUCUGGACUUCAUGGACCGUGAGAAGGCCAAGCGCCACGCCGAGCAGAGCAUCCAGAACCAGUUCGAGCAGAGCGGCCGC